GAGUGGACUGACCCAGAUUUGAGGCUUCAGCCAGACGCGAGAUCUAAGAAUUGCAAUAAAGAGGAGCCACCAUGCCGAAGAAGAAGGGACGCAAACGGGUGAUGCUGACUGAAGAAGAACGGAUGCUGCUGAUGCAACAGAAGCAGCUGGCUGAGGAGGAAAUGAUUAAGAAAAAGGAGGAUGUGCUGGCCCAGUUCCUGAAGGAGAAGCUGGCCAAGGAGGAGCGCAACAGCGUUGUGAACAUGCACAAGAUCAAUCUACAGUGGCGCACUGUGCUCCGUGAAGUCAAGGCCAGGGAGCUACGCAAAGACAUAGAAAUUCUCAGCCAGACCUUUGAACGUGUGGUGGACUGCAAAGAUAGUGUUAUUAAGUCCCUUGCUAAGGACCUUGCUGAAGCAGAAGCUCAAUACACACAUGCCCUGCGCAGCCACUUACACAGCAUCGAUCAACUGUUGCAACUCCAGCGUUGUCGCCUGGGCUACUUGGAGGAGGAUUACCACACUGAGCUACAGGCACUGCAGAAGGAGUUUGAUGCAGAGAGGAAGGUCAUCAUACAACAUCAUGAUCAGGAGAGCCGCUACAUCCAAGAUGUACUGCUGGCUAUGGAACAGAACUUUGCUGACAGCGAAUAUGAGGCCAGGCUUGACUUCCAGAGUACAAGAGAUGAUGUCAAGAACAAGAACUUGGAGGAGAAGCAUUACCUGCGCAUGCAGUUGGAGGGUAAAGUGGAGGAGCUAUGGAAACGCUUCCAACAGGCCUUGCGUAACUACACAGAUGCAACAGAGGAUCGUAAGUUUGCCUUUGAAGCACUCAAAAUCAGGGAUGAGAAGAGCACCAGGGAGAUUGAAAUGCAGAUGAAGAAACUGCAGAAGAUGCAGGACCUCAUUAUCGCUCUGAAGAACAAGAUUGUGCUUCAUGCACGGGAAAGCGAGGAGCAAAAUCGGCAUGUCCGUGACGAGAAGGAAGUGGUGCUAAAGCAACUGCAGAAGCUCAAGAGCCAAAUGAAUCGGGCAAGAAGCAAGGCCCGGAACAAUCUGGCUAAGCUGUCCAGGGAGAGCAGUGGGACUCUCAAAGUGCUGGAACGCGUGGUGGAGAAGGCUGAGCUGAUCCUGCGCCUGGCUGAAAUGUGUCGCAGGUUGGAGUCUGAGGAGGAGAAGGUGCUGCCUUUUUAUGCUAGCUCCCUGAGCUGGGAUGAACAGAAGUCUGUGGAUAAGGUGGCCAUGGAGAAACCAGUCGAGCCGCUAGCUCAGAUGAUGCAGGACUACAUGGGGCUGGAGCGCUUCUGGCAACGGUACAACAAGGUGAGGCUAGAAGAGCUUUCACUAGAGCGGACUAAAGAGGCCCAGCUCCAGGAAAACCGUAAUCUGAGGCACCUGCUCAAGCAGUACCUGGAUGGCAUCUCUGUGAACGAUGAGGUCCUGAGUCAGAUCAAUCCACUGAUGAUCGUCAACCAGCACACUGUUAUCCCGUCUAUGCCCCAGCCUGUGCCCAUUACAGAGGCCCGGGUCAAGCGGCCUAUCUAUAACGUAAUUGAGGCGGCACAUGAGGUUUCGCAUAUCCUUUGAGCCAGCACCUUGUGAUCUCAGUGUUCUCUUUUGCCCUAUUAACAGGCCACUGGGCAUAAAGAAGGGCCGAGCCAUCCCAGCCAGAGGCCUGAACUGGGCCUUUUGAGAAGGCCGUUCCCCCAGCAAGCUGCCAUUAAAGAGUUA